GGGCUACAGUGAUACUGCUGGGAUCAUCAUUCUGCAUGCUGAUAGAGCACUGGCUUUUCCCACCCAACCUCCUCUCUCCUUCUCUAAUCUCACUGCCUCCUCCUGCUCCUCCCAAGGAACUUUAAAAAAAACAUAAUUUGCAGAUCAAGUAGUAAUCAUAUAAGGAAGGGUCUCCUUGCAGGCUUAGAUGGUCCACAAAUGAGAAGGAGGAAAAGAUGGAGCUGCAUAUCUUAGAGCACAGACUGAAAGUAGCAAGUAUAGCCAAGGACGGUAUCCAGUUGUUUACCCAUGGAUUAAUAAAACUUGCUUUUCUGCCGUCAAAGACAAGGUGCAAGUUCUUCAGCCUAACUGAAACUCCUGAAGACUACACCAUUAUCGUGGAUGAAGAAGGCUUUAAGGAACUGCCUGGGUCAGAUCUCCUGAGUGUAGCAGAUGAGACAUGGCUGGCUUUAAACGUUGUAUCCGGUGGUGGGAGUUUCUCCAGCUCGCAGCCAAUUGGAGUCACUAAGAUUGCCAAGUCAGUGAUUGCACCGCUGGCAGAUCAUAAUAUCUCUGUGUUCAUGCUUUCCACAUAUCAAACAGACUUCAUCUUGGUCCGGGAAAGAGAUCUACCAUUAGUUAUGCACACCCUCUCAGCAGAAUUUACCAUCCUCAGGGUAGUAAACGGGGAGACAGUUGCUGCUGAUCACUUAGGAAUCACCAAUGGAUUUGUGAAGCCAAAACUAGUUCAAAGGCCUGUCAUUCAUCCACUGUCCAGUCCCAGCAACAAGUUCUGUGUAACCAGCUUGGACCCUGAUACCUUACCAACUGUGGCUACUCUCCUCAUGGAUGUCAUGUUUUAUUCCAAUGGUAUGAAAGACUCUGCAAUAGGCAGCGAUGAAAAUGGUCACAUUCGUUUCUUCUCCUUCUCUCUCAUUGAGGGCUACAUCUCCUUGGUGAUGGACGUGCAGACACAACAAAGGUUUCCAAAUAAUUUGUUGUUUACGAGUGCAUCUGGUGAACUGUGGAAGAUGGUUCGGAUAGGAGGGCAGCCCUUAGGAUUCGAUGAAUGUGGAAUCGUUGCCCAAAUUGCAGAGCCCCUGGCUGCCGCUGAUAUCCCUGCAUACUACAUCAGUACGUUUAAGUUUGAUCACGCCCUGAUACCUGAAGAAAAUAUCAACAGUGUGAUUAACGCUCUCCAAGUGAGUCAGAACAAGAAGCAGUAGAUGGGAAACUGAGAUCCCGGCGGUUUGUUCUUCACACAGUAGUUAAAGCUGAAACGCAGAUUUCACGAAUCCUUUGGGUGUUUGUAAAGCAGCAGAGAGCUUGUUUUCCCAACGAGCUGGUGGCUUUUUGAAGUCUGUUCCCAAAGUGAAUGUUACCAUUGUGUUCUUUGUGUGAACCGUGUUACAUUGUACUGGUAAAGUCAAACCAUCUCUUUCUACUGAUAUUUCCCCCCACUGUGAAGGAGCUGUGGUGAUUGACUGUUGUCUGUGAAUUAGUUGGGUUAGUUAUCUCAUGUAGCACAAAGCUGAUUUCUAAAGUUUGGAGGCAGAAGGGUCUCUAGUUAAGUAUAGGGAUGUCAUGAUCUGUAGAAUAUUGGGAAUGAUUACAAGAAAGUAUAUCUAAUUUUGGGACAAGUUCAGAUGACGCCAUAAAUUGUGAAAGUAAAGCUGGCAUCCUUUUCAGAUGGCAGUCUUAGGUUAAUCCCUGGUAGCUGUUACUUGGUUUAAUAUAUUCUUUAAUUUUAUCUGGGAGUUUCACAUCUAGGGAGGUUGAUGUGCGAUGACACACUCGCUGUUGCAGUGCUAUUAUUACUGCUUCCUUGAGUAAUAAUCUGCAGCUUACUCUGGAUUCUGGAAAGUCCCACGACUCAUACCAUGGGAACAUAAAUUGUGUAGCACACCUGUAAUUACUGCUUUGCUUCUUUGUUCUCCCCUCUCAUGGUAAAUAUUUAAUACAGUUGACGUGAAAGAUUGACACAGGGAUAAUUGAGGCAAAUGACCUAGCAGCACAAUUUGCCCUUACUGAAAGAGGUCUAGAUUUCAUGCACUAAGACUGGUCACUUCCCUUAUAACUACUACCCAGUGCUUUACAGAGAAGUGAAAAGAGGCUUAAUUUGGUGACCUUAGACAAGCUAUUCCCAACACUAAAUGUUUCUGCAUUUCAGAGAUGCUAUUGGUAAAAUUAUGUCUUGACAUCCCUAUACUCAGAAAUGAGACAGCACGGGAUCCAAGGAGGGGGUUUUAUCCUUUUUAAGGUUAGGAGAGAAAGAUUCCAACCCAGCUCUUUAGAUUUGAACUAUCUAAUUAAUUGUGUUUCAACUGGCAAUCUAAUUUGACAUUUCAAAUGUAACUGCAUUCUAUCAGGGUUGCUGCACUCCUGGGUUAACACAUUAUCAGGUAUCCCAAUGACAAUGUAGCGUUAAGUUUGUUCUUCAAGAUUUCUUGGCAGCGGUCAUUGUUCAAGGAAAGCAUCAGGAAUGAGUUAUACAUCACCAGCUGCAGAAUUUCAGAAAUUGAAAUAGAAGGACAAUGCUUCAAACACAGCAGUUCCCUUUUAUUAACCUGCAGUUGACUCUAGGCUCUGCAAAGUCUUCAGAAGUGGCAAAAAGCUACAUACUAAUCAGAAUUUUGCUUGGGGAUUUUGUUAACUUGUGCACCAUUGAACCUGUUGUUGUAGCAGGCCUUCAUUUAGUUGUUCAUAGCUCACCUCAAGUUUCUUUUAUCACUUGUGAAGACAUCAGCUGGAAGAACAGGGAACUGGCAAGUUUUAUCUUUUUAUUGCCUUCUUUGCCCUUUUCAUAAUUCUGCAAUUGGUAAUGUUUUCAAUUCAUUUCUCUUUUGAAUAUGUACCAUCAGAAGUGGCACUUGUAUCUCCAACGUAUUAUUCUAACAGGUGCCAACUGGAUGUGGAAGAGAUAGAAUGUAGCGUUGUUUAUAUUUCAUAUACUAAUUUGCACACAGUUGCCUGAAUGACCCUGAUGGCUGACACUUUGGUAACUCGAUCAUCCUUAUCUGAUACAGGCAACCUCCUGUAUCCAUUUUCUAUCAUUUCCUUAUCUCCUAUGUAAUUUAUACACAUUUUAUGAAGUAAAUAGCACUUAACUAA